GGGUAACGACGGACUCAUGUAGUACGUCAGAGCGGCAGUUUCCAAUCUUCAUUUGCAUUUUUCAAGCGGUGCGCAACGAUUUCGAGAAAAAUUUCGCUACGGAUAGUCUUCUAGGGUUUAGUUGAAAAAAUUUAUAAACGAGUGUCCAUAUUAGACUGUAUCGAUUGAUAGUAACGCGUAUUGUAAAUACUCGUUAUCGAAUUCAUCUAACGUCAUCUGAUUGACGUCUCCGUCACGAGGUUUCUCCCUUUCCCCAUGCAUUUUCUGUUUGGGCAGCAUUUUAUUUUCGUCGCUCGGUGAGCGUGAGUGACGGUCGGUACGUUGUAAAGUUUCGUUCACGAAUGCUAUAAAUCGCAUCCGAACACAGAAAACAAAUCGGUAAAAAUGUCCGUGAACGGUUUGAACAACGGCUCGCCGCGUAAACGGGCUCGAUCGGAGGCCGAGUCAAAGGUGACGGUCAUUUUGGGGGCCCAAUGGGGCGACGAGGGCAAAGGCAAAGUGGUCGAUAUGCUGGCUACCGAUGUCGACGUCGUCUGUCGCUGCCAGGGUGGAAACAACGCGGGUCAUACUGUUGUCAUCGAUGGAAUUGAAUAUGACUUUCAUCUACUGCCAAGUGGUAUCAUUCAUCCAAAGUGUAAAUCAGUUAUAGGAAAUGGUGUCGUCAUACAUCUGCCGGGUAUGUUUGAAGAAAUCGAAAAAAACGAGAAAAAAGGGCUGAAAGGUUGGCAAGAAAGACUCAUCAUUUCCGAUAGGGCGCAUUUGGUUUUCGAUUUGCACCAGCAGGUGGAUGGAUUGCAAGAACAGGAGAAUAAUAAGAAAGGACAAGGACUUGGUACCACUAAAAAAGGUAUAGGACCUACAUAUUCCUCGAAGGCUAUCAGAAAUGGCAUCCGUAUUGGCGAUCUUUUGGGAGAUUACAAUCAUUUUUCAAAGAAGUUUCACGAGCUAGCAAUGAUGUACCAAAGAAUGUUCCCAUCUCUCAAAGUGGACAUCGACGCGGAACUGAAAAGAUACAAGGAAUUCGCUGAGAAAAUACGUCCGUUAGUGUUCGACACGGUCAGCUUUCUGGAUAAAUCCCUGAGGUCGGGCAAAAAGGUGUUAGUCGAAGGCGCGAACGCCGCCAUGUUGGAUAUUGAUUUCGGUACUUAUCCUUACGUGACGUCAUCAAACUGCAGUGUCGGCGGUGUUUGUACAGGUUUAGGCAUACCGCCCCAUCGAAUUGGUGAAAUUAUAGGCGUUGUGAAAGCUUACACCACCAGAGUAGGGGAUGGACCCUUUCCGACUGAAUUACCUAAUGAUAUUGGAGAUCUGUUGCAAUCCCGCGGAGCCGAAAUCGGCGUAACGACGAAACGAAAACGACGCUGCGGCUGGCUGGACGUGUUCCUGUUGAAGUACACGAACAUGAUCAACGGCUACACGGCGCUGUGCAUCACCAAGCUGGACAUCCUGGACACGCUGCCAGAAAUCAAAUUGGCCGUCGGCUACAGUUUGCGGGGAAAAAAGAUCGACUAUUUUCCCUCGAACGUCUCCGAUUUGGCCGCCGUCGAGGUGGAAUAUCUGUCGAUGCCUGGUUGGAAAACAAGUACUGAAGGUGUACGAGAAUUUAAAGAUUUGCCGGAAAAUGCCAAAAAUUAUAUAAAUAAGGUAGAGGAGCUUCUAAGCGUUCCAGGUAAGCCCCUCAGACGAAGUUCCCCGAUUUUUUUAAAAAUAAAAGUAGUGGUUAUGAUUAUGAAGAGAAGUCAUUAAAACUGUAAGUGAUCCGAGCUCCUCUAGUGUUUUUAUUACCGGCACCCCUCACAUAUUAUUUUUUCUUUUUCAGUGAAGUGGAUUGGAGUUGGUAAAGGAAGAGAAUCGAUUAUCACGAUCCACGAUUAAUGUUAGGCGUACCUAAAACUGUAUAUUAUCUUUUAGAACAUUUUUAAUAACUGUGUAUUUCAAUAGCUGAUUGCUAAUAUUAAAUAAGCCUUACAGUGUUGUGCAUUGGAUUUGCGUUUAUACAUUCAUUUAAGAAGGAUAUCUUUGUUUAACACACUUUAAUUAGCUGCGUGAGAUUUAAAAAAAAUAAUUUUGAGAUUUUGAAAAAAUUGAAUUUGGAAAUUAUUUCUGAAAAAAAUUGUAAAUUUUGAAAAAAUCUGGAAAUUUGAAAAAAAUUGAACGCAAAUUUAGAUAAGUACUUUUGUUGUCGUUUUUGUUCAUUUAUUGUUUAUUUGAUAUUAGCAAUUAAUAAUUUUUACACGAAGCAGUAUUUAAAAUUACUAAAAUAUCUAGACCAGUCCUGUAUUUUGUGAUUUAGUUUAUAUUAAUUCAUAUCCAGUUUUUUUUUCAGUACAUUCAAUAAUUUAUUUUCUUUAUGCUGUGUUAAAACACGUUUACAUGAAUAUAUGGUAAAUAUUUUAUUUUUAAUAUUCAAUACUAUUUUUAACAUAAGAUUUCCUCUAUACGUAUAGCUGUCUAACAGUAUAAGCACAUUAAACUUAUUAUGGUGGAAGUGAGAAAUCAUUUUUAACGAAUAUCAUAUUACAUGUUAUCAACAUGGUGCCUAAAUGAUACGAAAAAGCACAAAUUUUUGCAGUGCAAUAAUCUACAAUUAUCAAAUAAUAAAACACUGCUUUGAAGUAUUGGAUAAAAAAUUGAUAUUUGAGGAUAAGUUCUCUUGUUUUUUCUACUUGACUUGUUUGCAGUUGAAAAUGUCUAGUAGAAAAUAUCGGCUGUUGGAAAUAUAUUUUUAGCAGAUUCAUGUUGUGUAUGUUGCAAAUUUUUGAUUAAAAAGUGCAUCAUUGUGUA